AUGAUAUUAAGCAGUAUAAGAGCAACUGGACGUGCUUUGCCAAGAAAUCUGAGUAUCAAGCAUAUUACAAGGGGCCGGUUGUCCUCAUCCAUGCCUGAGUUCACAAUCAAUAAGACCAGAAAAUCACCAAAAUGGGUACCCAUUACUAUAUUUGGAGCCACAUUUGGUAUGGGGUGGUUCUUCACACAACACAUGACUUUCACAGAUCUCAUGGCAUAUUGGCGUUAUGACUCCCUGCCGGAAGAUGCACAGGAGGUGAAGGACUAUAAGUUACAGUUGUAUAAUAAAUGUGAAAAGCUGCCUGUAGUUAAACAACUAGGAAAAGCCGGAUAUGUUGAGAUAUUUCCACCAAGAAGAAAAGAAGAUCUACUGAUUGACAGAGCACUAAGUACUCCUGGUGGAAUAGCUAUUCCACCAAGAUUUUUUUUCAACCCAACUACUAAAGAGACUGUAGGGAUAUAUCAUCUUGGUAUGAAGUUAACUGGCUACCCUUUUAUUGUACAUGGCGGUAUAUUAGCUACUAUCAUGGAGGAUUUAAUGAGGGAAAGCGUUAAACUGAUUACACAGAAAACUGACGAAAAGAUAAACGACCUCUCAAUCUCAUACAAGUUCCCUACUUUAGCUAAUCAAUUUGUUAUCGUCAGGACCACACAACAUGAGACAUUUGGAAAGAAUAUCAAAUUAACAGCAGAAGUUAUGGACCAAACGGGUAACAGGACACUUAUUAAAGGUCGCGGAUCCUUCAGUGCCUCAAAGUAA